AUGUCUCUCGUUCCAGAAACAGUUGCCCUAUAUGGGCUCGAGGUCCCUUGUGAUGGUGUGCCAGUGCCAGCUUUGCCCGACUUUCCUGCUACUUUCCGUAUCACCAUGGCUGCCAUCGAUCCCAGUGAACCUGCAGAGAUUGAGGAGACCCCUAACGGAACCACUCGUCCCCGAGCUACUCUGAAGAUCAUUCGCCAAACCGGGCCGUUCGAGGAGGACGAUUCUGAUGAUGAGGACGAUGAAGAUGAUGAGACUCUUCGGGCACUGUUAGCUGAGAGUGACUCUGAAGAGGAGAGCGACGAAGAUGAAGAGGAGGCCAACGGUGGUCCUAGCGACCCAACCAAGUCCAAGAAGGGCCGCAAGCAAGCCGCUCUGCAACAGAUCCUGGAGUCAAUCAAGGCUAGCGGUGAUUCUGACGAGGAAAUGGAAGAUGCCACACCCAAUGGCACCAAGGCAGACAAGAAGGGUAAAGCCAAGGCUACUAAUAACGAAGAAGAAGAAGAGGAGGAGGACUCGGAAUCCAGCGACGAUGAGGAAGGUAGCGACAUCGAGGUCGAAGAAUUCGUUCUGUGCACGCUUGACCCAGAGAAGAACUACCAGCAACCUCUUGACAUUACUAUCGGGGAGAAUGAGCGUGUCUUCUUCACCGUCACCGGCACCCAUACAAUGUACCUCACCGGUAACUAUGUGAUUUCUGAUAAUGAUGGUGGACACAACCACCAUCACGAAGUCUAUGAUUCUUCUGACGAUGAAGACGACGAAGACUAUGACUUGUCACCUGACGAGGAUGAGCUCGAGCUUGAGCUGGAUGAUGACGAGAGCGAUGACCUUGACGCACUGGAGAAUCCUCGCAUCACUGAAGUCGACUCUGACGAGGAGGAGGCACCAAAGCUUGUCGUCAAGGCUGAAAAGAAGGGCAAGGGCAAGAACAAGCGCUCUGCUGAUCAGAUUGAUGAGGGCACUUCUCUUGACGAUAUCAUGGCCAAGUCACUGAAAUCCGAGGCUGUGGAAGAGCCCAAGCUCACCAAGAAGCAAAAGAAGCUGAAGAAAAACAACGGCGAAGCUGCUCCAGUGACUCCGGAGUCAAAGGGUACAGACGCAAAGGAACCUACAUCGGCCAAGAGUGACAAGAGCGAUAAGAAGGUCCAGUUUGCGAAAAACCUCGAGCAAGGCCCUACUGGGUCUGAAGCUCCCGUCAAAGGCAACAAGGCUACUUUAGGUCCCAAGACCGUCAACGGUGUUAAGAUUGACGACAAGAAAAUUGGCUCCGGCCCAAUCGUCAAGAAUGGAGACAAAGUUGGCAUGCGCUACAUCGGUAAACUUGUUGACGGCAAGGUUUUUGACUCAAACAAGAGCGGCAAGCCAUUCGAGUUCAAGGUGGGCAAGAAAGAAGUUAUUCAAGGCUGGGAUAUCGGCAUUGUUGGUAUGGCAGCCGGUGGAGAGCGCAGACUUACAAUCCCCCCUAAGCUCGCAUAUGGCAGCAAGGCCAUGCCCGGACUGCCUGCUAACAGCACUUUGAUCUUCGAUGUCAAGUUGAUUAACAUCAAGAAAUAA